GGGUCGCCGCGGUUCCCGCCAAAUACGAGCGCGGCGGCCGCGGCAGCCUGGCGCGGGCGGGAGGGCGAGCAGCAGUGGCUGCGGGAGCUGAGCCCGCGCCUCCGCCGCCUCAGGGGAGUUCGAGCUGCCGCCCGAGAGAUGCUGGAGGAGGCGGAGUGCGCGGCGCCGGGCGCCAGGGGAGCGGCCCCAGCAAUGGAUUGCAAAGACAGACCAACCUUUCCAGUGAAGAAGCUGAUACAAGCCCGUCUGCCGUUCAAGCGCCUGAAUGUUGUCCACAAGGAGAAAGCCAGGGAUGAAUCAGAUGACAGAAGCUCUCAGAACGCCUCAGCAGAAGAGAAAGUCACUGACAUAGAAGCCUCUUUGGACAUCUUGGAGAAUGACUGUCUUACGGAUUCUGACCUGGACUUCAGACCGAAACUCAUCAAUGGGAAGGGUCCCUUAGAUAACUUCAUAAGAAGUGACAUCAAAAGCAGUCUCAGCCAGAACACAGACGUCAUUGAUUUGACAGAGGACUCUAAUGAGCAGCCAGAGAGUACUGUGAACCACAAGCCACUAAAUCCCAAAGCUUUCCUGCCUGGGGAAGCUACAGAUGAGAGGCCCUUGAAGUUAAUUUGUAAUGACAAGUUGGGGCUUCCUAAAGAGACCCUUUCAGACAGUCCCAGCAAAACAGAGGAGGAACCUGGGAGCUUAGGUUGCCCAGACAGGAAUGGCAGCUCCCUGCUGAGCUGCCCCAAGCUACCUGGUUGCCCAAGUAUUUGUCCCAAAAAGGAACAGGAUGGUUGGAGCGAAGCUGGCGGCCUCCUGUUUCAAGGGAAGGUCCCUGUGGUGAUCUUGCAGGAUGUCCUGGCUGUAAAACCUCCCUGUGCCAAGUCUCCUCCCGGGACACCUCUGGACAAGAGCGGGACGUCAGAGAGCGAGGUGUUUGAAUCAUGCCCAGAAGACUCUGUCCUUAGCCAUUCAUCCCUGAGCUCCUCUCCCAUCACCUCCCCUGAGGGGCCAACUGCUCCUGAGAAGCAGCAGGGGGGCAUCAGGACCUCCCCCGCCCCCACACCUGUCCGCAGAAUAACCAAGAAGUGUGUCAAAGGUUCUACAGAGAAGAACAAGCUGAAACUGCAAAGAGAUAAAGAGCAGCUGCGGGAAGAGAAGGAGAAGCUGAAAGAGGAGGCCCGGCGCGCCAAAGAGGAGGCCCGGAAGAGAAAGGAGGAGGAGAAGGAGCUGAAGGAGAAGGAGAGGCGGGAGAAGCGGGAGAAGGAUGAGAAGGAGAAGGCGGAAAAGCAGCGGCGCAAGGAAGAGCGGCGCAGGGAGAGGCAGGAGGCCCUGGAGGCUAAGCUGGAGGAGAAGAGGAAAAAGGAGGAGGAGAAACGGUUACGGGAGGAAGAAAAGCGCAUUAAGGCAGAGAAGGCUGAGAUCACCAGGUUCUUCCAGAAACCAAAGAUCCCACAGGCUCCUAAGACCCUGGCUGGCUCCUGUGGGAAGUUUGCCCCCUUUGAGAUUAAAGAGCACAUGGUCCUGGCCCCUCGAUGUCGUGCUGCUUUGGACCAGGACCUCUGUGAUCGAUUAGACCAGCUCCUCCAGCAGCAAAAUGGAGACUUCUCCUUCCUGAAAGAUCUCAAAGGCCGUCGGCCACUCAUGUCUGGGCCCACUGGGAUCUGCAGCCGGGACACAGACGUUGUCAACAGGGAUGUGGUGAUUGUGGAGACCAGCAAGGGUGACAAUGUGCCCGAAAGAAGGAAGUUUGGCCGCAUGAAGCUCCUGCAGUUCUCUGAGAACCACCGGCCAGCGUACUGGGGGACGUGGAAUAAGAGGACAGCAGUCAUCCACCCUCGGCACCCCUGGGCUCAGGACAAGAAGCUCCUUGACUAUGAGGUGGACAGCGAUGAAGAAUGGGAAGAGGAGGAGCCUGGGGAGUCACUGUCCCACAGUGAAGGGGAUGAUGAGGAGGAGGUGGGGGAGGAUGAGGAUGAGGACGACGGCUUCUUAGUGCCCCAUGGGUACCUCUCUGAGGAUGAGGGUGUGACUGAGGAGUGCACCGACCCGGAGAAGCACAAGGUGCGCCAGAAACUCAAGGCCAAGGAGUGGGACGAGUUCCUGGCCAAGGGGAAGCGAUUCCGAGUGCUCCAGCCUGUGCAGAUCGGCUGUGUGUGGGCUGACGGUGUGGGCUGCUCAGCCGCCGACCUCAAGGUGCUGCAGCAGUUCGCAGCCUGCUUGCUGGAGCCAGCCCCCUCUGAGGACGAGCUGGCGCCCAAGGCCUCCAAGCGGGAGAAGCGGGACCAGCAGAUCUUGGCCCAGCUGCUGCCCCUGCUGCAUGGCAAUGUGAACGGGAGCAAGGUGAUCAUCCGCGAGUUCCAGGAACACUGCCGCCGGGGCCUGCUGAGCAUCGGGGAGGCCAGCACCCCCCCCAGCCCCACCACCCUAUGCCCACACACGCCCACUGAGGACGCCGCCGUGCCCUCCAAGGCCAGGCUCAAGCGCAUCAUCUCCGAGAACUCGGUGUACGAGAAGCGGCCCGACUUCAGGAUGUGCUGGUACGUCCACCCGCAGGUGCUGCACAGCUUCAACCAGGAGCACCUGCCCGUGCCCUGCCAGUGGAACUACGUCACCAUGGUGCCCUCGACCCCCAGAGAGGACGGUGGUGGUGUCCCUGCCACACCACCCAGCCAGGGGACCCCUGUGUUGCUCAAGAGGAAGUCGGCGGGCAGCAUGUGCAUCACGCAGUUUAUGAAGAAGCGGAGGCACGAUGGGCAGAUUGGAGUUGGGGACAUGGAUGGCUUCCAGGCGGACACAGAAGAAGAAGAGGAAGAUGACGGUGAUUGUAUCCUUAUGGACAUCCAAGAGGCCCAGGAACCAUGCGGAACCACAUCUGGAGCUGAAGAUACGGUGGGGAUGGAUACCAGCGAGGGGCCGCUGCCCACGAGUCCACUGGGCGCCUCCUGAGCAGCAGACAGUGCGCAUGUGGAGUGAUCCCGCCACGCACCCAAUACUUGAACAUACUGCCGACUCCUGUGUAAAGAGCACUUUGUCCCGCUUCACAGGCCUCUUGGGGUCUGGAAAGGUUUAUAUGGAUUUAUAUGGAUGCCUGAUUAGUUCCUGACAUUUGUAAAAAUCUCACUCCCAAAGCUGCAUAUUAAUCUGUCCUUUAAAUAAGCAUUAUUUCAAGGUGUGACCUGCACAGGCACCUGCUCAGGCCCCGAGACACGCAGGUGCUGCUGGGUCAGACGCUUGCAUGUAAAUGAAUUGAAUCGCCAGACACCUGUGGCCAUCACCACGGGCGCUGGCCUGAUGUGGAAUUGUAUAAAC